AUGAGUGGCAGGCAUUGGCGACAUCCUUCCGAUUGGCCAAUAUGCAGCGAACCUCUCCUACCUUCGACAUGGCGUCACCUGCCCUGUGAAUUGGUUCUGCUGAUCGUCGAAACCUCGAGUUGGCUCGUCUCUCCUACUACGCUCUGCCGAUGGUGCCUAGUCAAUCGGGCAUGGUUUUGCAUGUGCAUCGUGCCGCUCUACAGCUGCGUAGCCUUAUCGCCUCAUGAUGUUGACACCCUGGGCGCAUGGCGAAUUCAGCGCUUCUGUGACACCAUCUCCAACAACAAGCAACUCGCCAGCACUGUCAAGGCGCUCGACUUUGCCGUCAGCCGAGAAGAACAGGGCAUCGCCAACCAGGAUCAGUAUCUCGCCAUCCUCACCCACUGUCGCAACCUGCUCUACUUUCGCAACCUUCAACGAUUCAGGGACCCAGAAGAUACUUAUCUCCUUGCUGUACCACAGGGAGCAUUGGCACGCCUUCGCUGGCACGAUGCCGACUUGCGCGCAUUCGAAGAGCUGGUCGAAUCUGUAUUCAAGCCGCUGCAUUUCCGUGCCGAUCCUGAUGCUCGCGGUAUCGAACGCUCCGACCUGAUUGCCACAGAUGCCAGGUCGGCGAGCCGCAUGCUUUACGAUCUCAGAUUGGUGGCAAGGAUGCCGGGCGUCGAUAAGCUACCCAAAGGCUUCCUACGUCGCAUGGUAACGCAUCAGCUGCCUCGUCAGAGGAUUCUCAUGGCACGAUGCAGUAAAAAUUAUCAGAACGAUCGUGUAGGGACGCAGGUUGCUAUUGGCAUCAUCCGGCUCGUCUCUCGUCUUUUUGCGCAGCUGGAGCUGAUCGAGAUAUACAUCGCCGACCGUGACAUCCACACAGGCGCACCCGCGCACUUUGUCUCCAAGGCGAGCCGCACAGGGCUACCCUGUCUGUAUCCUCGUGCAUUCUGGGAUGAUAGCAUCCGACAGCUUCUUGCCAUUGGGCCUUUGCCCUUUGCUGUGGCGGUCUACCAUGUCUGUUCGAAUGAGGUGGGGGACGCACCUGGAUUCGACAACGGCGGCGCGUACGAUCUCUUCCCCAGCGAGCAAGGAUCGGCCAUCGACCCGGAAACACAAGGCGAGGAAUAUCCCUACACCAAAGAAGAAGAUGAUCUCUCGCGGCGAAGCACCACUGGUCAUGGCUGGCAAGAGCCGUUUCUCGUCUUACCCAACUCGUCCAAAAUCGUCCCCAUAAAAUUCAAAGGCGGCUACCGUUGCCUUCCCUUCCCAAACUAUAACGUCGAUGGCAGAGCAGCUUGGGAAGUGCUCGUCAAUCCUCCCGCUGACGUUCUGCCAGACCAGGGCCAAUUGGUGGCUGCGCAGGAAGAGUGGGAUGUCGAGGCGAUGCUUGGUGCAGCUCGUCCAAGUCCAAGACCUCCUACAACGCAUCCGCUCAUGCCUCGCCGAGGUUCGCUGGAUUGGCUUCGACUCGUCGCUCGCAACAUCGAGUUUGGCAAGCAUGAUCUCGUUCUGUGA